GCCCCCUCCCCUUCACCGUCUACAUUCAAAUCCUGGUUCAACACCAGGACUCCUCACGCGUUCGCACGAUGAUUCAACCAUUGCGCUCAGUCAUGUCUACCAUCCGCUCCUCUGCUCUGCGCACCUUCCCCUCUGCAACGAACUCAACCUCCUCCCGUCCAAUGGUCUCCGCCGCGGCGUCUCCCAUUGACGGAUCGCAGUCCCGAUCGAUUGGCAUGAACAUCUUCGACAUUUUCGACGCCCCUAGUCGGCUUGGAGAGUCAAGCAGGCUCCUCGUCGCUAACGCCGCAGCGUCCGCCGCGACCCACAGCGCACGACCAUUCACCAUGCAGGCGUCGGCCCAGGGACAUGUUGUGAAACCUCUCCCUCCCCCGAUCCUCUUGGACGGACCUGCUCGCCCACGACACCGUCCUUUCGUCUCUUUCCGUGCCUUUGGCGUCAGGGCGAAGGCGCCUGUGACAUCCAGGGUCGCUCCAUCCGGUGUUGAGACUUUGGCGGCGCCUCUUCCUUCCCCGAUCAUCUUUGACGGCCCUUCGCGACUGCGCCCGUAUGUCCGACGUGGCGCUCGAGGCAAUGGGUACUCGACUGCUUUGGUGAAAUCUGCGACCCCGAUGGCCCUCGCUCUCGUUGCAGGCGUCGCUUUGUUCGUCAUCGACCCCACAACCGUAGCAUCCAUUGUAGGCCCGAGCUCGAACAACUCCCGUGGUAGUGCUCAGGAUCGACUAUCAUCAUGAUACGACGCGUAGCGUGUGGUGCCGUGAGAUCGCUAUCCUGGUCGACACGGCUCCGUCGCGCAACAUAGUCAAAUUCCGUAGUUUGCAAAGUUCCAAUCCCUUGAGUACUGCGGGGCUGUGCUCUUCUUCCACACGUAUCAAGGCUCUCUGUAGAACGUCGGCUGUAUCUGUAUUUGCCCCCCUCUGUUGUACGAUACGUCCUGUCCCACAUCCUUGUACUCGUGCCCCGGACAUCCACACAUCCUCCGGCUGUUGUGCGCUGUACUAUCUUGUAUCUCACGUCCGCAAUCGGCCAUCCUUCUUUUAACUGGAACCUUACGCCGAAUGUCGCGUCACAUCCCGAUUGUAUACGUAAACCACCAGCAUCGC